CCUCACCUCUGAUAGUCAAGACUACAGACAUGUGUUAAAAGCAGGCACUAUAUGCUCCUUUAAGCCUCCGACACCCACCCACCCACCCCUAUACACUGUGUUGGCAAAAAGGCAGACAGAUGUAAACAACACAACCUAAUGGCUGUUUAGCCAUUAUGUCUAAAAAGAUAAACUCUGGUGCCUGUGAAAGGGCAGGAGUACUGUUGAGCUGUAUCAAUGUGAUGAUGUGCAGGUAUGCUGUUGUUAGGAGGGAGCUGCUCAGCUCCAUCAUACAGGAAAGCUGUCUCCCCUUUUUUAGGGUGGGGGUCAGCGAGGAGGGAUUAGGAGGCAGGCAGAGAUGGGGCCUGUGGAGCAUUUAUGAGCAGAACUUUUAGGUCUUGGCCUCAUUUUUCCUUCUUUCUUCUUUUUUUUUGUGGAUGUGCUCCUCAAGCGAUGCUCCUCCCACACUGGCCCACUGUGCCCCUCCACCUCCACACCCCGAUCCGAGGACGGCCCACGGCUGUUGAAAAACAGCAGAUGCUUUUGAGUAGACUAGAAAAAAAGAGAAAGAGAUUUAGAUGCACAUGUCCAUGACCAUAUUUGUGUCUGGGUGUGAAAAAUGGCGUUCAUUUCAGACACUUGUUGUACUCCACAAGCUCGUAUACGAAAGCUCAACCUUGUUCAAGGCUCUUCACACAAUCUUGAGGACAAAAAAAGUAAAUAAAAUCGAACUUAAUUUUAUUACAGUGUGCAGUCAAACAGGAACCCAUUUCCUUCCCCUUUCCUUGUGUAUGUGCCUCUACUUUUUAACAUAUCCAUGUUGUAUGUAACUGCCAAGUGGGACACAGCUGUGGUGAGUUGUGUUAGCAGAACUCACACAUUUUAGCAUACAUACUGCUACAUUAUGCAAAUGUUAGAAUUCUUCACAGUUCAGCAGCAGCUCGGCAAGUUUGUGAAAACUUUGAGAGCUGCAUAUUGAUAUCCAAACUAACCUCGAGGUUAACCUGUUCCCAAUGCUCCUGCAUGCCAUAUGUGCAGUACACCCUCAUAACUCAUGUCAGCUAAUGUUACAUUUCACUAAUUUGCAUCUUGUGUGGCUCUUCUUAAAAGGAGCAGGUUGAGAAAAGCUGUGAGAGCCACACAGACGGUCUAAAUCUAUAUUCCAUCAUCCUGAAAGUGCCAUUUCUUCUGUCCUGACGUCACAGAUAUACUCACAUUUCUGACACAUACAUAAACCACACUCCCACCCAGAGACACACGGGCCUGGGAACGAGUCUCAUCUUGUUGAGACGUAGAGGAGGAAGUGAGUGUUGAGGUUGGGGGGGAGAUAGAGCGGCAGGGGCAGCCCUCUGACACACCGUGGCCCCUGCCAGCCCUCGGUUACCUCUGCUGACAGAUUAGAUCAUCGAGAACAGCCACCGGGAGGAGAGGAGAGAGGAAAGAGCAAUUUGUUUGUGGAGUAGGAAAAGCCCUAUAUUGUCAAACCUUGGCUUUGGGUUGACCCCUCCAGUUUUGUUGCCCACAGAUGAGUCUUAUGCCAUUGAGUGUGCUGACCUGUUGAGACAUGACCCUUCUGCUGCCCCCCUUUCCAAUCCCUGCUUCUGCCGCCGCUUCCAAAGAGACGUGUAGGCUCCUCGGAGGGCUGAACUGAGACAAACCCUGGGAGGGCCCUGCAGAUGACUCACCUACAGAUUUCUUUUUUCACUCUGCUGUAGUUUCGAUGCAUUUUUAUUUUGUUGCCACUUAGGACAGCCGAGUUCAGUCAGCAUGAAAUUAGAAAAAAAAACCUUACUUUGAUACAGCAGCUUAAAAUAAUACUGCGAUCAUCAUCUAGUCACAGUUUUGGCUACGUCAAAUGAAGACAAACAGACGGGCCGCGACGUUGUUGUUGAAGUCAUGUUUGCAUUAGAUAUUGUCUCAAAUAUUCUCUCGCUGUAUUAAAGUCAGGCAGGGAGUCGAUCGCCACUCUUAGAAAGUUCUGCUCUUUGAUUUGUUUUGUUUUUUCUUCCGCCACAUGUGCUGCUGCUGGCCUUCAACUCAGUCUUGCCCCACCUUUAUAUGCGUCUCCCCUUGCCUUACUUUCCUCAAACUGCCUAUUUGACAUACAUAGAAAGUACAGAAGGUGAGAUGCCCAACUUUCAGAGUAGAAAAAUGGAUUUGACUGAUUUGCAGAAGGCCACGGUCUGGUAUCGUAUGCAUAAAGCUGAGUUUUAAAAGUUGAAAGCUUGGUUUAAUAGUUCUUUAUCCUUGCUGCUGCGUGGACAUUGAUGACACCUGGCUAACAGCGACACUGAAAGAGCGAGAUGCAACCGCAGACAAGCUGCAACUCGCCUGUACCACUGAGAGGGGGCUGACAGACAAGAGAGGUGAGGAAGGGGAGCAGCAAAGGAAGCCAUGGAUGAUUUUGUCUAAUUUUGCAAGGAGCAGUCUGUCGCAGAUUGUGAUCUGACAUUCGGCACCUCACACGCCGCUCUCUUGCACAUAUCCACAGAAUAUGUGCUCGGCAAAUCUGAACCAGAUGUGAAGUGUUUUGGGACCCCGACAUCAACCUGGCAAGGGCAUGUCUCCGCCUGAAUCAUCUGGGUGGGGUCAGCAGUGCAGAGGGGACAACUUAAGUGGUCUCGCUACACUUUUUUGCACGGGUCAUUAGAAAAGAGAAGAUGCUCCCGAGGUAGGAACUAGAAACAGAGUUGGCUACAAGCAGGGCCAAGACGAGCUUGAAUGGGAAGACUUCAGAUUUCUGUGUGGACAGGGUUUCUCUCUCUCUGUCCUCAGCUCUGGCUGCAGGGCCUGGCAGAGCCACUACCUAUCUGAUAGAUCUAGUGAGGGAACAGUUGAUUGCCUUAAAGCAAUGGGAAAUGCCUUACUUGCUCCCUCCCUCUUUCUCCCCUCCCUCCUUCUGUAUUCUCUCCCUUUUCUCCUUGGAGUGUCUUGAGCAGUGGCUCUCUACCUUUCUCUCCCUAUUUUACUCCCUGCUCCCUCCCUCCCUUCCUCUCCCUCUCUCUCUCCCUCCCUCUGCCCUGCUGUGAGUAGGUGGUUCCUUGCUUUACUUGAUUGGUGUGAGUCUAUAUAGCAGGAGAGACGUUCUAACAGGCUCAGAGUCUGGUGGAGCCCACUUGCCACACGUUCCCAAUAGGACUACCUGGGUUUUUUUCUGUGUCUUCUCCUGAGAGGAUUUACUUUCUUCUGACAGCAUGACGGAGAGCAAGAGGAAAGAUAAGAAAGGGAGAAAGAAGGGCGGUAAGAAAGGACAAAAGGAUCCAACAACAGCUGCGGCUCCCAAGUUAAAACCAAUGAAGAAUCCAAUAAUAGUGGACGAGGGAAGCAAGCUCAUAGUUAAGUGUGAGGCCACAGGGAACCCAGCGAACCCCACCUACAAAUGGUACAAAGAUGGCAACGAGCUGAAGAAAAGCAAAAAAAUCAGAAUAAGGAACAGCCAGAAAAACUCCAGAGUCCAGAUCAGCAGAGCAAAACUGGAGGAUUCUGGGAACUAUACAUGUGUGGUGGAGAACCAACUGGGAAAGGACAACUCCACUGGCACUGUUAACGUCCAAACCAUAACCACAACGCCAUCUCCAGGCUCAGGCCACGCCAGAAGAUGCAACGACACAGAGAAGGCCUACUGUGUGAAUGGCGGCGACUGUUACUUCAUACAUGGUAUAAAUCAGCUCUCCUGCAAGUGUCCAAAUGACUUUACUGGUGAUCGCUGUCAAACCUACGUUAUGGCCAGUUUCUACCAGCAUCUUGGGAUUGAAUUUAUGGAGGCAGAGGAACUCUACCAGAAAAGAGUCCUGACAAUCACGGGUAUUUGUGUGGCUCUGUUGGUGGUGGGCAUCGUGUGUGUGGUUGCCUACUGUAAAACCAAGAAACAAAGAAAGAAGAUGCACAAUCAUCUGCGACAAAACAUGUGUCCAGAACAUCCCAAUCGUAACCUUGCUAACGGACCCAAUCACCCAGGACCAGGCCCAGAGGAAAUCCCAAUGGUAGACUACAUAUCAAAGAAUGUCCCUGCAACUGAGCGAGUCAUACGGCAUGCAACGGAGGGCUCGUUCCCUGCCAGCCAUACCUCUUCCAGAUCUCACAACUCUUCCACACGAGCCCAUUCAUCAACUCACAGACAAGAGGAACGGACAUGGAGCCUGGAACAUUCUGACAGCAUCCUCUCUGACUCGCCGGGAAUGAUGUCAUCAUCUGUGGGGACCAGUAAAUGCAGCAGUCCUGCGUGCAUGGAGGCACGGGCUCGGCGCGCUGCAAACUGUGGCUAUUCUGACCCCCAUCGGCCGGGCCUGCAGUACGGAGAAUCCUUUGACUCGCUGGGAGACUCUCCGCACAGCGACAGAUACGUGUCAGCUCUGACAACACCAGCCCACCUCUCCCCAGUGGAUUUCCAUUACUCAUUGCCCUCGCAGGUGCCUACCUUCCAGAUCACAUCCCCCAAUACCAGCCAUGCCAUGUCUCUCCCUCCUGCUGUCCACAACCCGUACCCUCUUGAGGAUGACCAGCCGCUACUGCGCCGCUACCAGGUGCCCCUACACGAUGCCCAGUGCCAGGAGCCCUACCGGCAGCAGCGUCGUACCUAUCUAAAUGACAGCAGGGGCAGCCUGCCCUCCAGCCCCUACCGGCUGGCUAAAGAAGAAGACUAUGAGACCACCCAGGAGUAUCUCUCCUCUCGGGAACAACCAAAGAGAAGUGGGUCCAGUGGAACUGGUAGCCGGCGCUGGCGGAGAUCCAGACUGAAUGGCCAUGUGGCCCCACGUGGAUAUGAGGCAUCCCGGGACUAUGGCUCUCGAAGCUGCCUAACAGAUAGUGAGUCAGAGGAGGACGGGGAGAGCACGCCCUUCCUCAGUAUGCAGAACAUGAAUGCCGAGCCGUCCACCAUCUACAGGCCGGUGGACAGUCGGACUUCUCACUCGUCGGGGCGGCACAGUGGGCAUGGAAACAUGCAUACAAGACUUACACACUCACGCUCCAAACCGGACAAUACACCCCAUUAAAGAGUGAAAAUGAACCAACAAAAAUCAAUAUAGUAUAGACCUGCAUCUAUAAGAAAUAUUUUUAUUUUAUAUAACUGACAGAUAUUCUAAACAAAUGAAAUAUUUAUUUUCAUUUUAGCAAACGUUGUCUACUAGUUAACAGCAAAGACUUUUUUAUAGGGAAAACUCUAUUUAUAUGUACAUUUUGAUUUACAGCAUAAAAAGAUGUGCCAGUUUUUUCACAACGUAAAAAAAUAGAGUAAUAUUGUGGUGCCUUUUGCUGUAUGCCGAUGCCAGAGGGCCAGUGGAGGUUUUUGUAGCCUUUCUUAUAUGGACGCCUCAUUUUUUAUACACGUUUAUGUUUUUUUCCUCUCUGGUUUCCUGUUUUACUUUCUUUCCAAGUUGCAUUCUUUGAGGAGUCUAGCCCAACUGGAACAUAACCCCUUCCAUGUCACGCAAUAUAAACCACUUCAACAUAAAGUGUAUGUUUACAUUAAUAUGAUUUGCCUGUAGGGUUUAUGAUUUGGGAUCUGAUAGAUACAAUGUAGAUCCUUUUUGCCCUCUGACUAAUGUCUACAGAGAGAAAAGGAGAGAGAGAGAGAGAGAGAGAGAGAGAGAGAGAGAGAGAGAGAGAGCUUGUAUGGUUGUGUAUGUGUGUGUAAAUGCCAGUGUGUGUGUGUGUGUGUGUGUGUGUGUGUGUGUGUGUGUGUAGGUGUGAAAGCACAUGUCAGUUUGCUUGCAUGUAUUUGUGAUCGUUAGAUGAAUUUCAUUGUUUGUUGUGGUGACAUCAAGCGUGUGGGUCUACUGGUGUCUCACCAAAGCUGACAGAAGAGUGUGGCAGAUGUUUGCUGAAUAGUGCUUUAUCAGAACAGUGACCCCCAGUGUAGGUGGACAGAUAAGGCUGCUGUAUGGUUGUGUGUUACGCAGCUCAUUGCUUGAUGUGUUUAAAGCUGUUUUGCCCGUUCCCCAGCCUAGUUAAGUCCCCUUUUAUUUCCCAGCAGGUUUUCCCUCAUGUUAGUCAGUUAUGAGGCCAACAAACACUGAGCCGCCUGGCACAGGGUGACGCCUGCCAUCAGAGGUGAUGGCAAAACAAAAAGAUUGCAUCUGUUUCCACUCAACUCAGCCCCUAGUCCCAUGCCUCGUCAUCCUUCUGUGUCCAUUCUGUUUUUGUGGCUUGUGCUAAAGGCCACACAGUGUCUCAGGAUUACCACACGCCCCCC